AUGGCCGCCUCCACCCUGUCCGUCCGCUCCAGCGGCAUGAGCUACGGCAGCCGCGUCUGCCUGCCCGGUUCCAGUGACUCUUGCACCGACGCCCCCUGGCAGGUGGACGACUGUCCAGAGAGCUGCUGUGAGCCCUCCUGCUGCGCCCCCACCUGCUGUGUCCCCAGCUGCUGCGCACCAGCCUCCUGCCAGACCUUGGUCUGCACCCCAGUGAGCUGCGUGUCCAGCCCCUGCUGCCAGGUGACCUGUGGGCCCAGCCCCUGCCAGUCAGCCUGCGCCAGCUCCUGCCUGCCCUCCUGCUGCACCUCCUCCCCCUGCCAGCAGGCCUGCUGCACACCCGUCUGCUGCACGCCCAUCUGCUGCACGCCCGCGUGCUGUGUGCCCGUCUGCUCUGGGGCCGCCUCCUCGUGCUGCCAGCCCACCUCCUGCGUGUCCCUCAUCUGCCGCCCCGUGUGCAGACCCGCCUGCUGCGUGCCCGUCUCCUCCUGCUGUGGCCCCUCCUGCUGCCAGCCCAGCUGCUGCCGCCCAGCCUCCUGUGUGUCCCUCAUCUGCCGCCCCGCGUGCUCCCGCCCUGCCUGCUGUGUCCCUGCCUCAGCCCAGAAGUCCUGCUGCUGA